AUGGCGCGAACCAGAGGAGCAAAGUCAUCAUUUCCGUUCGGCAGCAAGAGAGUAGCGGGAGAGGCCCCUAUUCAAGGCUCCACAUCUGAGCCUCCACGACAAGUAGCCGCCCCACCUCCGGCUGAACCCGCGCCGUUGAAUCCUCUGGCGAGGCAUUAUCAGACUAGGUCAGGUGGCCAUCCCCUGCAAAAGAAAGCCAGGGUAGAAGACUUAGAGCCAAUUGACUUAACGGAGCAGUCUCCGGACCCCUCUCUAGAGCCCUCUCCAGAGCCGUCUCCAGAGCCGUCUCCGGCGCCGUCUUCAGAACCUUCGGCGGAGCCUCAACCGUCGUAG